AAACGUCGCUGACUGCAUUCUUCUCUUGACGGGAGGCGAGAGCAGAGCGUAUACGAGAGGAGAGAGAGAUAGAGCGAAAGAGAGACAUACAUCCAAAUUGGGAGAAGGAACCAGGGAGAGAAAGAGAGAGAGCGAAUCCGAGGAGAAGCUGAAACUUCAGUGCAGACGCUCCUGCUCAGAACCCUCCAUGCCGGAGCCGGGAGCUGCUCCGCGGCGGAGCCCGCAGGGAGUCCCCUACACCGACCUGCAGCACAUCGUCAACGCCGACGGACUGCACCUGUUCUGCCGCUACUGGGAGCCCGCCAGCCCGCCAAGGGCUCUGGUGUUUAUUGCCCACGGAGCAGGAGAGCACUGUGGGCCAUACGAUGAGAUCGCACAGAGACUGAAGGAACUGUCCCUGCUGGUGUUUGCACACGACCACGUUGGUCAUGGUCAGAGUGAAGGCGACAGGAUGAUCAUCAAAGACUUCCAGGUUUUCAUCAGAGACUCCCUGCAGCACAUCGACCAGAUGAAGUCCCUCCACCCGGACCUCCCUGUCUUCAUCGUGGGUCACUCCAUGGGUGGUGCUAUCUCCAUCCUGACGGCCUGUGAGAGGCCCAAUGAUUUUGCUGGAGUGGCUCUGAUAGCGCCGAUGGUCCAGAUGAACCCAGACUCAGCCACACCCUUCAAGGUUUUUCUGGCAAAGGUCCUGAACCACUUGCUUCCCAGCCUCGAACUGGGCAACUUCGAGUCUAAAUGGAUCUCACGGGACAAGACGAAGGUGGAGGCGUACGAUGCCGAUGAGCUGAACUACCACGGCGGGCUGCGGGUGUCGUUCGGCAUGCAGCUGAUGGGCGCCGCGGCUCGCAUCGAGAAGGAGAUCCCGUCCAUCAGCUGGCCCUUCCUGCUCCUGCACGGUGACAUGGACAAGCUCUGCCACAUCAGCGGCUCUAAGAUGAUGCACGACAACGCUCCCAGCUCAGACAAGAAACUCAAGGUGUAUGAGGGAGGCUUCCACGCCCUCCACCACGACCUGCCAGAAGUGGCCGAGUCCACGAUGAAGGAGGUGACGAGCUGGAUCAAAGAGCGCCUCCCCGCCUCGUAGACAUGUUGCUUGUCCAACCCAGUCGGCGCUCCAACGCACCAGCCCACCUCGUCCCAAGAGAUAUGUUCACUUUCCGGUGGUCGUUCGGGCUCAACAGCACCACUACACUUUCUAUUCGGACAACAAUACAUAGGGGCGUAAAAACUCUUCUCCUCAGUGUGAUACAAUUGACUUGAAAUGACACAGCCCCAAACAGCCCACUCAUUUAAAGCAGGUGUUGGGGUCAGAAACCAUUUCUUUGUCAGUAAAUCCUAGAAUCAUCUGUUUAUUUCAUCCGCAUCCCUUUCCCAAGUGCAACUCAAGCUCAUUUAACUCAUUUAAGCCGUAGUUCAAAGUGCAAUAAUGAAGUCUCCAUCUACGUGCAGGACAGAUUUUUUUUGAAUUUGCAAUGUGAUAUAUCAGUGACCACUUCCUCCUGAGGUCAGAUGUCGGGAUCAGCUCGAGGACAAGGCCCUGGACUUACAGUUUUCUCUCCUCCUCCGCUGCACUUUUGACACACGCGUUUCUCAUAGAGACAAGUGAAAACUUAUUGGGUAAACACUGGUGUCUCCAUAUUCACUUUCAUUGGGGAGAGCGUGGCCUAGGGGAUAGAGCGGUUGCUCUGCAACAUGAAGGUUGCCGGUUUGAAACCCACUCUUUCCCAUCUGCAUGCCUAAGUGUCCUUGGCAAGAUACUGAACCCCUAAAUGGCCCCUCAUAAAUGUUGAGUGUAUUAAAAAUGUAAGUCGCCUUAGACAAAAGCAUCAGCUUAAUGACAUGUAAUUUAGUUAACUUCCCCCACCAACCCUUUUUUCUGUUUAAUUCUCCUCUUUGUAAUUUUUCUUAAAACUAUGUCCACUAAUAAUUCUUGGCCAUUGAAGGGAAAGCAGACUGACAGGUGAAUCUGUUUUGUUGGCCUUGUCUCCGCAUUACAGGGAGAGUGUACGGGUCGAGAGGUCAAACGUUCUCUCCUCUCUGUGACCUUUGACCUUCAAUGUCAGUCACUCUUUGAAACCGUAACAUCGUUAAACUCCGGCUGCAGACCCGGGCACAGCUGGGAAACGAGAGGCACACAUUGAUCCGUUUGAUGAGGACAAGGGUGGAGCUCCUUCACUCACAUAGCAUCUGCCAUUUCACCAAUCCACUUUUGAGUUAUAUGGCUGAUUGAUUCCUUGCUUGGCCGAGCACAGUGGGGAUCCAGCCUCUGUUUCAGAACAAUGACAGCUUUUUCUUUUUGGAAAAACAGGAUGUUCAACAGAAUAGCCUACAGAUGACGUGGGACUGAAAAUUCUUGGCCUCAAAGAUACCCCAGAGGACUGCACCUACACACAACACCAAUCUGUUAUGGAGACCAUAUGUGUGAGAUAAUCAGAUUUUAAAUAACAGAUACAGGGCCACGGCUGCCGCUGAGGACACUGAUGUGUUUUUACGCAUGACUCAUUUGAGUCAACAUAUCGGCUUAGUUUGAGGGAAAGUUGGACCUUUGACCUCAGUGUUUCUAAAUUUCAGACUACAGCUCUCCACGUGUUUUAUGUUCGAUCACAAGCAACAGGAAAAGCUUCAAACCUCUAAACCUGAACUGACAUGAGGGGCUAGGUCAACCCAGGCUCCUCUCAGGUUUUCAACAAAACCACAGCAAUAAUGUCAUGGCAUCCUAGAUCUGUGCCAGCUGUUAAUUAUAAGCUACACAGACUCACAGUGAGCUCAUCAUUGUAUAUUGUCGGCAAGACUGUAAUUAGCAGGUAUUGCUGCAUGUGCUACCUCGGCCUACUCAUCAAGCAUGGGAACAUGUCAGCAGCAGGAGUUUUCAAAGUUCGUCCACUGCCGACAUCAAACAUAAGGAUUAAACAUUAUCAUCAAGUUAGUGUUUCGGUUGAUACAUGUCUUUACAUUUAGUGAUCGACUGUGUCACUCCAGUGUUGUUGUUUUUUUUGUAUCACUCUGAGUUCAAAGGGCCUCAUGCAGGGAGUGUAAGGGAGGCACAGGGCAGUAUCCACGGUGACCGUUACCCACGCGUAACCACGGCAGCAGACCGUCAGCGGGGUAGAAUUUUUUAGUAACCACGGUGAUCACUGUAAGACCGAUUGAGUGACAUAAAUGCCCUUCUUUCUUUCUUUCUUUCCUUCUACUUCUCUCUCUCUCUCUCUCUCUCUCUCUAUCUCUCACUAUCUCUCUGUUUCUCUGUGUCUCUUUGUCUUACCCUGUUGACCUCCUCUGGUCACUUCUUCUCUUCAGUUGGUUGGAGCAGUUCUCUUGGUUCUGUCCAUCACAGAGCCCCUUGUCCUGCCACAGAUUCAAACGAGUUUUACUGUCAGCGACCCACACUGCCCCUAGUGGUCAAUUAGCAGAAAAGCAGCAGGUCAUAUACAUUUUCUCUCUUUAUUUUUAUUUUUUUGCUGAUUUCUUAUAGUUCUUUUGGACAUGAGCUCUCAUUCAUUUAACAGAGGUCACAUUGCUUAACCUGCCUUUGAUUCGGGUCAUGAAAGAAAUAAGCCGACAUUUCCGAGUCUUAAUGCAAGAGUGAGACCAAUAACUCCGGGUCAAUUUAGUGAAAUCAUUGAAUCGCACUGGGAAAUUUGAGACUGAUAAGUAGGACAAUUUAGCUAUGGCAAGCUUAAAAUGUACAAUUCUUAUCAAAAAUGCUAAAUAGGGUGCUUCAUGUGGUAGAUAAUGCAUCAAAUGAGAAAUUUAGAUCACGAGAUGUUAAAAUAAAUCAUAGACCCAGAUUUCUAAUAACAAUUAAAAAGGAACAGAGGAGAUUUCAGGACAUAGGCGUCCUCUUCUCUUUUUUUGAGACCAGAUAUCAGGUCAGAGUGCCAUUGGUGCAGUGCAGAUCGAGAUGGGAUGAGUUCCUCGAUCCCAGUAGGAAUCACAGCCACUUCAAACACAAUCUGCUGCUGAUUGAGCUGCAGCAGGCAUGAGACACACACAAAGGAGACACAGUCCCAGUUGUAUUCAUAUUCCUAAAGCCCCCCUGCUGCCCUGCAUCAGUGCAGUGGAUUUACCCUGACAGGUGCCUAUAGGAACAUAACCUGUCAGACUACACAAGUGCAUAUUACCGCUGUGUUUAGAUAUGGAGGCGGACAGAGUGAUGGAGAUGGAGUGAGAGAAGAGAGAUAGAAAGAUGGGAAGAGGGCUGUCAGUAACCAUGGUAGCAGUUUUUUUCUUAUUUUCUCCCCCAGUCAAAUUAACCUUUGAAAACCAUGUUUUUGUUAAUGAUGCACACGUUGCUGCUCUUUCAGGGCUGGUUGUCCUUUCGCUGCUCUAAGGAUUCCCUUUUAUGUGAGCAUGGAGAUAAGAGAGACAACAAUAAACACCAUCAGCUCACAGCGAGCAAUAGGAGUUGCACACACACACAGACACACACACACACACUCCAUGAAUUCAAAUUCGACUGGUCUGCUGUUUGAGCUGAAAACACAUGAUCUCGAACAGGGCUGGGCGAUGUUCCCAAAAAUGAUAUCACGAUACAACUUUGUCAAUAUCGAUAAUUAUCUUGAUUAAUGCUAACAACAUGUGGUGGACUUUUACCAUAUUGCUAUUGCUAAUGUAUGUAUUGUGAUAAUUAUUGAUAUUAUUUCAUAGUCCAGCCCUUAUUUCAAUAGAAGCUAACAAAUCUUUGUUUUUGCUUUUUAGGCCCAAAUCUUUCAUUAUCUUUUGCCCAAGUGGUGGAGGAGGUCUAUGAGUGAAAUUCAGUAUACCCUCCCUCUCUCUUUUUUCUCACAAUAUUCCAUUCCUGCUUUAUUUAUGGUGUGCACCGAUCCUCACGUGUUGUAAAGCCAUGUAAACCUCCCAUGUCCAUGCCAAUAUCCUCUUCUCCUGGCAUGUAUGUCUACAUAAGCAUGAUAAGUAUGCAGGUUUGCUAUGCUGACAGGUAGCCAUGUACAGACACAGUCUUCUUUUAGUAUAUAUUCAUCUUUUUUUAUCCAGGACAGAGCUUCUAUAUUUAGUAAAAGAGAUAAUGAGGAGGGCAGGAAACCAUAUAAUCGAAUUGGUCUUUUCUAAUCCAGUGAAACGUAUUUGUCCUGUCAGUUAGGUUGUUAUUUUUAAUCUUGACUUUAUGACUGUUUCUAAAUGAAUAGCUGUUAUAUAUGUUGAAGGACUAAAGGCCACAGGCCAGAGAUUAAAGUGCACUGGGAAGGUUUAUUGCAGAGUUUGCAUGAAUGAAGUCAGUGCUCAUGUGUGCAGCAAGAAUUGGAAACGUUUUUUUUUCCAAAAUGCUAAACACAAUGAAAAAGAAAAAUCGCCUGAGGACCUAUUAAAGUAACCCCUACUUGAUAUCUGUAAAAUACAGGCGACCCAGGCUGUUAACGAGUAAUAAUUUCAUAGACUAAAAACUUGCUUUGAUAAUGCAUUUUGGAAUAAGACCCAAUUCAAUUCAUGCUGUUAUUUUUCAAUCAACAUUGUAAACAAAAGAGAUUUAUUUGCAGUGACUGAACUGCUUGUUGAAUGAAAAUACUUGUCAUACACUGUAUAGGAGCAUAACAUUGCUAACACUUGAUACACAAAUCUUGUAUUUAUAUUGUUUAGCGUAUUUAAGUGUAUUAAUUUGAAGUAUAUAGGCUAAUAAGUCACUUUUUUAUACUGUGAAGCAGAUACAUGUAAUUGUUUUCUGUUGUUGCACAGCCACAUGAAGAUUCAUUACACUCUCUGAGGUCGAGGCAGGUCCAGGAUUGUACUGUAUGGGCAUGUCUUAUUGAAAAAUGAAUAACAGCGUUUCGGACUGGUUCUUGUUGAGUAUUUUAUCACUGUGUGUUUUAAGUUGUGUUGAAAACCCACAUGUCUUAGUGCAGUUUAUCAGAGAACGAUGAAUGUUAAAAUUCUUGUUCCUCUGUCCACAAUUUGCCUUCACUAUAAUCUCUUCUUUAAAAAAUUGUAUUGUUAAAACUGUCUCAUAACAAAGUCAGUUUGGUCAGAAUAAAGAAUGUUUAAAGACUAAAUUGCAGAUACCAGGUUUUCAGCCAAGAGCAUUUAGGGAAAAAACCUCAGAUUUAUUUCUUUAAAAAUUCCACAUUUUAUGGGAACAUGUAUUGUGUGUUGAUCUAUUUUUGGAUUGUGGUCCAGUGUCUUUUGUGCCUUAUUACGAUGACGAAUGUGUAUCUAAUCAUCUGGUUUUCUGACUGUUGUUGUAUCUGUAUCUGUUUAUGGUUGAGCAAUUGCGUCCAUCUGCCUGUCUUUUUCAUGUCCGUCAUGUCUUCCCGUGGCUCUCUGUCCGUGUUUCUGUCCAAUCAGGAGUCUAAGCAGAUUAAGUUCAUAAGCUGUUUCUGAAUCUUUCAGAAAUUUUCACAAAACAAAACAGUUGUUCAUCUGCUUUGAUACGCCCACAGCAUCAAGAAACACAGAAGUUCACAUGAAAGAGGACAUUCUGUCUCUGCUGCGGUGACUUUAAUGGAACGAUGACUAAAUAGCAUGUGGAGCGUGCCUGUUCUCCCUCAUUGAUUUCCAGCAGUGAACAACAGGAACCAGAUAUGGGGUUUAUGAGUCCAUCGCUGUUACUGUUUUGUAUUGAACGGCUGCAUUCCUUCUCCUUGUCCUUAUUUGUACAUGUUUGUGCUGGGAGGCUGUUGUAAAGGGGAAAGGAGGGGGGGGGGGGGGCAAUGCAUUUCAAAGUUCCUGAGUUAAUCCAGAAGUGUUCAGACAUUAAAUAAAUUCAUUGUGUCGGAUACUAUUUUAAAAAACAAAGUUGAGGCUAGUCUAGCCAAAACUAUGAAGUGGCAAAGCAUUCAAAUAUUCACAGUUGGCAAAUCCGGAGACAGAGUUUAACAUGGUUUGUCAUCACCCGCACUGUGUAUUGAAUCUAUUCUUCCCGUUUCAUGAAUGAACAAAAACUUAUUCAUACUUACUGGUAAAGAUGCAACAUCACCUUCAAGGAUUUUCGUCUGUGGAGGAAAACUCAGCUAUGGGAUGUAAAACCUCGGAAAUAGAAGAGUGAACUGUCAGGAAUACAGCAAUGCUCUUCCCAGCAGGACUAACAGUAUAAAUGUGUCAGAGUAAGAAGUGCUGAGGAAUAAAAUGACAUGCAGCAUCAAUACUCAUGAGAAGGGAGCUGGUGUUUUCAGGCAGCACAUCAUGGACCACAUGAAUAUCAUGUUACAUCACAUUCUGGAGUCUUCCUUAUAAAGUAAUGUGUUGUUUGAUUUAUUGCUGUUCUACGGGAUGACAUUUGAUUUGAAGGCGCUGAUACUCAACCUCAGCAGUUCUUCAUUAGUUGUAUAGCCGCGUUGGACAGUUUCAUUCAAGUGGAAAAACAUUGUAUAUAAGAUGUAUAUAGUCUACUGUAAUAAUGGACAUAUUCUCAAUUAAUGACGGACAAACUGCUUGUUACUAUCAUGUUCAUACUCACUGACAGAAUAAACGAUAUGACUGUUUAA